ACUGUGUGGGGCCCCUCCAUCCGGUCGGCUGCCGGAUCCUAAAGGAGAUAAGGCUGGGAAAUCUAGGGACAGAAUGUGAAGCCUUGGAGUAAGUCCUUUGAGAAGCAGCUGGGGGUGACCCGGCUCCCUGCCUGCAUUCCCCUGGGGCGUGUCGCCAGCCCCCGGGGCCCCCAGCUCUGCGGCCAAUCCUCCUUCAGCCCAGAGUGCGUCUCAGGACGCAGAGGUUGGCUCUGAAGCAUGAAAGCUGGAGAAGCUUCAGAAGGCGCUGUGACGGCUUGGGAGUGGGGAAGCCACUCACAGAAUCCCAGUCCUCACUUCUUCUGGCCCAAGAGUUCAGCUCAUCAGUCCUGGAGGAAAAAAAGGUCCCUGGUCGGGCGGGUAGGCUUUGUGAGGCUCGGGCUUUUAAGCACCACUGGCUUCCAGAGCUCCUCUUCUGCCACUUCCACCAGGUCGAGGACUAGGACUCGCUACCGGACCAGAGCCGUGAGCUCCCAGGUGGAUGAGAACCUCUUCGGAGGUAUCAAGCCCCUGACCCAGAGCAACAGGCCCAUCGUGCUGCUCCAAGAAAAGCAUGCCACUCGGAAAGCUCUCGCUGCCCCGGGCUUGGACCACAAGCCAGAGACCAUCCAGCUCAUCACCCAGGACAUGGUCCGGGAGCUCAUCGUUCCCACCCAGGACCCCUCUGGGGAGUCUCUCAUCAUGAGCCCUGAGGAGUUUGAGCGGAUCAAAGGGGCAUCCCACGUCCUGACCAGAGAAGAGCUCGAGGCCAGGGAGCAGGCCUUCAGGAAGGAGAAGGAGGCCAUCAUGGAUGCAGUGACCACACGCAAGAAAAUCAUGAAGCAGAAGGAAAUGGUUUGGAGGAACAACAAGAAACUCACUGACUUGGAGGAGGAGGCCAAGGAGAGGGCCCAGAGCCUCCUGCAGAGGGCCCACCAGCUGCGGCAGGGGCAGGAGGAGGAGCUCAAGGACAUGAGCAAGAUCAUCCUCAAUGCCAAGUGCCAUGCCAUCCGGGAUGCCCAAAUGCUGGAGAAGAAGCUGAUCCAAAAAGAACUGGAUGCAGAGGAGAAACGUUUGGAUCAGAUGAUGGAGGUGGAACGGCAGAAAUCCAUUCAAAGACAGGAGGAGCUGGACAGGAAGAGGAGGGAGGAAAGAAUCCGGGGAAGGCGGCACAUAGUGGAACAAAUGGAAAAGAACCAGGAGGAGCGGUCGCUGCUCGCCGAGCAGAAGGAGCAGGAGAAGGAGCAGAUGCUGGAGUACAUGGAACAGCUCCAGGAGGAGGAUCUAAGGUAUAUGGAGCGAAGGCACCAGGAGAAACUGACGAUGCAGGCUGAGAUUAAGCGCAUCAAUGAUGAGAUCCAGAAACAGAAAGCAGAGUUGCUGGCUCGGGAGAAGUUGGCCGACCAGAUGGUGAUGGAGUUCACCAAGAAGAAGAUGGCUCGAGAAGCAGAGUUUGAAGCUGAGCAGGAAAGAAUCCGGAGGGAGAAGGAGAAAGAGAUUGCCCGCCUGAGGGCCAUGCAAGAGAAGACCCAGGAUUACCGGGCAGAGCAGGAUGCCUUGCGGGCUAAGCGCAACCAGGAGGCUGCAGAAAGGGAGUGGCGCAGAAAGGAGAAGGAGAACGCCCAGAAGAAGGUGGAUAUGGAGGCCAAACUGCGGAAAAGUCAGCUGGAACAGGUGGCUUUCAAGGAGCACACCCUGGCCAUUCAGGUGCAACGGGACCGCGAUGAGUUCGAGAGGAUUCUUCGGGCACAGAGAGAACAGAUGGCAAAGGAGCAGCUGCAGGAGGAGAGAAGGGUGGCAGCGCGCUUACAGCAUGCCAACGAGCUCCGGCGCCAGGUGCGCGAGCACCAGCAGAAGCAGGUGCAGGGCCGGAUCGCCGCCUUCGAGGAGGGCCGGCGCCUUGAAGAGGAGGCCCAGAAGCGGCGCGAACGCAUUGCCGACAUCAAGAGGAAGAAGCUGGAGGAGCUGAGAGCCACCGGCCUUCCUGAGAAGUACUGUGUGGAAGCUGAGCGCAAGGCUAACAUCCUGCCACCCACCUCUGUGAGCUGAUGGGGCCUCAGUGCCCCUUAGGAUGCCUUCAGGGAACGGGUUCCGACUAGCCUCUGGGUGCCCAUAACUGCUGCUAACUUAGACAUUUCAG